UUUGUAGUCUGUACUGUGGUGUGUACGCUGAACCUUCGUCCCUCUAAGCCUUUCUUCACUGCAUUGCCCAGAUUCCCCGUUUUUUCCCACACGACCUUGUUUUCAACAUGGAUGCCGAAAAAUCGACCCACACGUCGCUGUUUAUCUCGCCGAAACACACAUCUAACCGCUUCAUGCGGCGCAUCGUGACUUGAAAUCCGCAGUGUCGGAUAACAAUCGUCUUAUAUCGAAGCUUGAAUAUUAAUUUUUCACGUCCACGUCGCGCAGUUUCAAUCAAAAACCCGAGACAAUACGAAAACUGACGCGGAAUGGCGUCCGCUAGGGGCCCGGGAAGCUGAAUAAAACGAACGCUGACUCAAACCAGACCUGUUCGACGAAUCAGCGCGUGCGGACUGCGCAUAGGCGGCGUCCUGCGCUCGGAGGAUCUUGCUGUCAUACAUGUUCCCGGUGUGCGGAGCGUUUCCUGCACUGGUGCAUGGUGGUCGAACAGGAGGAAUUGUUGGAAAUUUUUCGGAGGUUCGUAUAUAAAUUGGUUUUUACCCAGUGUGCAUUAUUCCCACAGCCAUGUCUGUGAGAGGGAGUGACGGGCUGCGGAGGGGCUGAGGAAGCAGGAUGGAGACUGUUUUAUGAGCUUUGAAACAACAUUAGUCCCUGCAGUGUCUGAAGGCUUUAUGUUAACAUUAAUGAGCAGUUUCCUCACCGCGCCGCGACUUUAACUAACCGGGAUAACAGCUCCAUGGAUGUAGCUAACUAGCCUUCUAGCUGUCACAGGCGUAGUUUAUAACUCAAACAUACGACCCGGAUAGUCAUAUUUCAGGAUAUAUCAACAUUUAAGAAACUAUUCGCUUAUAGCCGCCGAAAUAUCGCGCCAGCGCAUUUUAGCGGAGUUAGCAAUGCUAUUAGCUUGGAUGCUAACCUCCGUAGCUGUGAGGUGUCUGACCCUGAUAUCAUCCUGUCAGUGUGAGAUAACUAACCAGCUGGAGCUUUAUUUCAUAAGAGUUUUUCCGCUGUCACUGUAAUGUAAAAAGUGUUUAUCAUAUCAGUGUCGCAUUACAACAAGUUAGCUUCAAACUCAAGCUAACACGCUCUAAAAAAUCAGCUGAUAAUGACAAAUCAUUCAAUCUCAAGGCACUUUUUACCCAAACAGUGAUAAAAUAGGGAUAUUCUUCAGAAAGUCGCACGUUCAACACAAUAUGAACAACAAACAUCUGAGUUUGUGGUUCACUGCUAUACUGAGAGGGGUUCCUAAUAUUAUGGUCACUCCAUGUUUGUUAAUGUACUGGACAAAAUAUCAGUAAACACCCACGUUUCAACAAUAGGUUUUUAGUACAGUAAUCACCUCUCUGACCAUGUCAAUAAAAAUUCAAGCUUCAACUAAAAGUAGAGUGUAUUUAGUUUCUUGGAUGACAGGCAAACAAAGCUGGGAACACCCCAGGUCCAAGAGCCUAAAAGGACCCUAAAACUUCAGGUCAUAACAGUGACUUGGUGUAAGAAUAUGCACCUUGAAAGUACAGAAAUUAUUUUGUUUGUCAGAAUGCACAACAUUGAAUUUUAGCUAAUAAGUCCAUAUCUUAAAACCCGCUUGGGUGAUAAUAGUACAGCAAAACACCUUCUUAUCAAAACUAACUCCCAUCUGAUGAAUAAGGAAGAAAAUAAAUACAUCUUUAAUGAUCACACAGCUGAUAUUUUCAAUGAUAAUUUGCAGCAAAGAAGAAUGAAAUGUGCUUGAUCCACAAAUAAUCGAAUAGCUGAAGUGCAGAGACAGUCGGGCAGUCGUUGCACUUGCAAGUUGUACAUUUGAAGAAAAUAAUGGUAUACUCAAGAGCUGAGCAUGUUACUGCACAUUGUAAUUUCUCUAACAGGGAAAAUGUUAUAUUUGACUGCAUUAGUGGUUGGUGUGAAGGGUUUAAGUUUGUGUGUAGGCCUGGUGACUACAACAGACAUAUUAAAAAUGAGUAUUAGUUUUUUGCUGCUGACAUAAACAAAUAUUAUCAGUGAGGAGCUAUUAGGUCCCAUAAGUUUUGUAUUUGCCUGGAAUUCACGUCAUUAGUUAGGACCUCAGCUCUGUAUGACAAGCUAAAAGUUUAGUCUGAGCUGGAUAGUUUAUUAUGCUCACAAAUUAAAAUGUGCAAGACAUAAUGAGAAAAGUUUCUGAGUAAUUUUACAAAUGUACAUGUCUGCAAACUUCUUGAAAAGAUCUUGUCAGCUAAAAGCCAAACACUGAUAUCAUUUGAGUUCUCAGUCUAAGGUCUCCAGUUAAACUCACAUCGAGACUCUUUUUUUAUGUAGUUUCAUUUGUGUUUAUAGUUAAUAAAUUUCUAAAUUCACUUUUACUUACAUUGUGGAAUAGAUUGAAUAGAUGUGACAUAUAUCAAAAAGGACAACAGUUCUAAAUGAACUUAUCUCAGCCCUUGGCCCCCUCUUUUAUGUUUCUAUCAUCAUGGUGGUUGUCAGCUACACUCCAUCAGCUGACACUUGAUGAGCAGCCCUCAGUGAAUCUCUCACUGUCACUUCUUGCAGAGCAUUUCAACCCUCUGUGCCUAUGUUUUUGAGUUUUCUAAAAUUGUAAAUGUGUAUCCACAGCAGCUGAAGCAUGCUCUUGGCCCAGAUAAACCGGGACUCGCAGGGAAUGGCUGAGUUUCAUGAUGCAGACGGGCAGCCAGUCACUCUGUGUCUGACAGAGGCCGUGGCUGUGGCAGGUGAGCUCAUGAACUUCUUCUCUUUUGUAAAGCGACUCAGUGACUCAGUUGUGACAUGACAAGCUCACAACUGCAAAAAGCCCAGCUCUCUUUAUCUCUAAACCGGCUGUUAAAUUGUUGUCAUUAUCAAUCAAAUCACAGACAGUGAUCAGAUGGACACCAUGGACACGGUCAGCCUGCAGGCCGUCACUCUCGCAGAUGGAUCCACAGCGUACAUCCAGCAUGACUCCAAAGCCGCCUUUUCAGACGGUCAGAUCAUGGAUGGUCAGGUGAUCCAGCUGGAGGAUGGCUCUGCUGCCUACGUUCAGCAUGUAUCCAUGCCUAAAGCAGGUGAGACACAACCUGUAAGACCUCAGCAAGAAGCAGACAUGUUUACAUCUGAAUCUGUCAUCAUGCUGAAUUAAAUUAUUUACAGAUAUCAAGAUUUCAUGGUGAGCAGGGGCCACUGUUAUUAAUGUAUGUAUAAAUUAUGUGUCAUAGGAGGAGACAGUUUACAACUUGAAGACGGACAAGCAGUUCAGCUAGAAGAUGGUACAACAGCCUACAUUCACACACCCAAAGGUAAAACAAAUCAUCGCCAUCACCUGCCGAAUGUAUGUUUUAGAAGAAAAACAAAACAGAAAACCAUCUUAGUCUGCUAUAAACUGGAGUUUUUGUUUAUUGUUGCAUUUUUUUAUAACUUAAAUAUGAAGUUGAGGCUUUAACAUUCAGAAAACUUUUAAUUCAGGUACCUUGAAAGUGUGAGUUUCUCAAUUUUUAUCGUCAUGGUGUUAAAAUGAAUGUCAGUAUCAUUUAUUUUUUUCUAGUGUUGUAAUUUUAGCUCAAGAAUUUUGUAAAUCAGCAUCCUCCUCUUCUUCAUUUCUCUGCAGAAACUUACGACCAGAGUGGCCUGCAGGAGGUGCAGCUGGAGGAUGGCAGCACCGCCUACAUCCAGCACACGGUGCACAUGCCUCAGUCCAACACCAUCCUGGCCAUCCAGGCUGACGGCACCAUCGCUGACUUGCAGGCCGAGGCCACAGCCAUUGACCCCGAGACCAUCAGCGUGCUGGAACAGUACACCACUAAGGUUAGACGGUGUCAGUAACAGUAAAUUUGCUGGUGUCCGCUUUUCUUGCAGGAAUAUUCUAACUCCUGAUAACAUAUCCUUCAAUAAAAAGUCUCCCGUCUUCCUCCUGUCAGGUCGAGAACAUAGAAAACCCCCUGGCACCCUUUGGCAGAGUGGAGGCAGACAACGGUGUCCACAUGCGGGUAGGAGAUCUUCUCCAGGGUAUAAUUUCUAUCAUUUUCCAUCUUCGCGUCUAACAGCAGAGUCUGAUUUGGUUGUUUGGUUUCAGAUUGUAUUACAGGGUCAAGACAACAGACAAAGUAGGAGCUCUAAUGUAGGAGAGAAGUCUUUCCGCUGUGAAUACGAAGGCUGCGGAAAACUCUACACGACUGCUCACCACCUCAAGGUAAGCAUUUGUGCAGUCUGUCCCAGAAAAAUCAUCUUUAUCGUCUGCUUAAUUAUAGGCUGUUUAUCCCUGCAGCAUCUUCCCCUCAUUUCUUUUAGCCUGACAGUGUUUUGUUUGUUUCCUGCAGGUACACGAGCGCUCCCACACAGGAGACAAACCGUACAUCUGUGAUUAUCCCGGCUGUGGGAGAAAAUUUGCAACAGGUAGCUGUAAAAACUCAUAUUUCUUGCGUGUCAAAUCAAGUUUUUUAUAUAGUAACCUUCUCUUAAGAGAUACACUUAAUCUUCUGUGACAGAAUGAGACAUGUAAAGAAGUUCCUUUGUUUUAAUUAGAUGUCAAUAACUCUACAUCUUUAAGGGUAUGGACUAAAGAGUCACUCACGCACACACACGGGGGAGAAGCCAUAUAGAUGCCAAGAGCUGAACUGCUGCAAGUCCUUCAAAACCUCUGGAGACCUUCAGAAGCACACGAGGACUCAUACAGGUACACAACCACAACCAGGAAGAACAAGUACUCACUUAUAUUUAUGCGUCCUUGGGCUUGUACCUGCUUGAAAGAGCUGGAACAACAGCUAAUACUUUUCCCCAUGGCUGUUUGCGUAGUUCAGAAGUGCAAUUUAGGUCCAAACUACCAGGAGUAACACAAAUAGGCUCCUAUCUAUUAAAAGCUUGUGGAGAGUUUUGUCUGCUAAAUGGAUGGAGUCAUUGCUGCGAUGGAGGAGUUUUCAGGCACCCAGAUAAGACAUCUUAAGAAGUACAAUGCUGCCCUUUAAACUAACUCAUAUUUUUUGUAGGAGAGAAACCUUUCAAAUGUCCGGUCGAAGGCUGUGGCAGGUCGUUUACAACCUCCAACAUCCGCAAAGUUCACAUCCGAACACACACCGGGGAGCGGCCGUACUACUGCUCUGAGCCGAGCUGCGGACGCUCGUUCGCCAGCGCCACAAACUACAAGAACCAUAUGAGGAUACACACAGGUGAGUCUUUACUGAUACAGAGUUUCAAGUGUAACAUGUUGCAAAUCUUGAGCUCUAAUGUGACUCAAGAUCUAUUGCUCUAUUUAUUGCUCUAUUUUUUCUAAAUUGAGAUCAUAACUUUUGUUCCCAGGAGAGAAACCGUAUGUGUGCACAGUACCCGGCUGUGAAAAACGCUUCACAGAGUACUCCAGCCUUUACAAACACCACGUCGUUCACACGCCUUGCAAACCUUAUAACUGCAACCACUGCGGGAAAACCUACAAGCAGAUCUCCACACUCGCCAUGCACAAACGCACCGCCCAUAACGACACAGAGCCCAUCGAGGAGGAGCAGGAGGCCUACUUCGAACCCCCAACAGGUCUGUGUUUAUACAGCCACAAUGAGAAAUUCCCAAAAGAGAAGUUUGAAUGUAACUCUGCAACAUUUAUUGAUUUAUUGCUUUUUAAUCAGGGAGGUUCAACUUUAAUCGUGUUUUUUAUUGUAAGAUCUGUAGACCCAGCUUCUUAAAUGUGACUCUUGGGACGUUAUUUCGUCAUAUAUCACAGUAAAAAUGUUGAAUUUUGAUUUGAUAUCUUUCCAGCCUAAAAAAUUUAACACUGCCUUUAAAAUUGUAUUCAUACUUGUAUGUUUCAUAACAUCAGAAAACUGACAGUAAAGAUGAAACUUACUGAAAAGCAUAAUAACUAAAACCAAAAAACACUUCGUUCAGACGCCAUUGAUGACCCCAACGUCAGCUACACAGCAGCGGUGGUGGAAAACGAAGACUCUGGCUCGGAGCAGGUUCCUAUCGUCGAUGGCACGGACAUGGUUAGUCAGCAGCAUGUUGCCUUGGUAACGCAGGAGGACGGAACACAACAACAGGUAACAGAACAUCACCAACAGUAGAUACAUUACAAGAUAGAUGGAUGUAAGUUUGAACUUUUCCUAGCUGUGUUUUAUUGUACAUGCACAGCCAAAAGUUUAACACAAAUCUAUAUGUUUCUAGUCUUUGCCAGUGGCAGCAGAUAAAGUUAUAUUUUUCAUAUUUAAAAUACUGAAAAUUUAAAAGAAACUGAACAGUUUAUGUCGACGCUGACUUCCUUUCUCUCUGUAUUCAGGUCAGUAUCUCCGAGGCAGACUUACAGGCCAUGGGAGGCACAAUCACCAUGGUUACCCAGGAAGGCACGACCAUAACCAUCCCGGCACACGAACUGGCCACACAGGGUGCCCACUCGGUCACCAUGGUAACGACAGAUGGCUCAGAUGAACAGGUAAAGAAUAGAAUAGUUUUUGAGUAAACUGAACUGAGGUUUUGCAGGAAUUAAGUGUUGGGGGAGGUCACUUUUGGAGCAGUGUGAACUUUUUAUUCAGCGACAGAAAGACUUAAAGAAAGUUAGUAUUUAUAAAGUGGUGUUGUGGAAAGUUAUCCAAAUAGUCAGCUGUAAAAGGUCAACUGAGGGUUGAGACAUAAACACAAAUAUCAACAGUUGUGGAGGGUUUUUGAUUCUGUAAUAGAGAAGCAGAUGGUUGAUUCUUGACUCUGUCUCCCUCAGGUGGCCAUCAUGACUCCUGACAUGGCCACGUUCCACACGGUGGAGGAGGCGAGUUACGCUCAAGAGCAGGAUGACCUCCAUCCUGUCACGUUACUGGCUACAUCCAACGGCACUCACAUCGCUGUGCAGGUCAGUAGACUGAUGGUGUAGACGUCAGCAGGUUUAAGUUUGAUGAAUUCUGCUACAUCACACUCUCGGUCCUCUGUUGUUUCUAUGAUACUGACCAGAGUUUCAGUCAGAAGGGUCUUAACUUUGUCCCCUGCCAGGUAACCCCUCCCAGGAUCCCUCCCUGUUGAGAUGUUAGCUUAAAGGCCUCACUGUAAAUCAUGAGUGGGUGGGGUUCAGCUCAGGGGGUGUAGGUGUGUUGCUGCUCUCCUGCUGGUGCAUUUGUUUAGGGAUCAAUCAAAGUUAACAAAAAGCUAACACAUAAAGGAUGUGUGAGGUUGUAUGUAAUCCAGGUUCUUGAUGAACACCUGCAGGAUAAGGGAGCGAAUAUCACAAAAAUAAUUCAGGCCUGAGGUUAAUAUGUUCUUUAAAGAAUCACACUUCUUUAUUUUUCUUUUUAUUUCAAAAUGAACCGUUGAUUUUCUGCCUUAAACUCCUAAAACUGUUCAAACCUGUCUGAUCCAAUAAGAAGAGUUGAUAUCUUCACAUAUUGGUUCACAUAUCAAGCAUAUCAAGAUCAGCAAAAAGGCAUCUGGCACCUUUACUCAAAACCCAACAGGAAGUUAGCCAUUGUAAUUUGAUUUUUCAAAAUAAGGGUUCAUACAUGAAUUCACUCUUUCUGCAGUUUCAAGCCGGUCACUCAGACACAUUGAGGGUUAAAAGCUCGUCACGAGAUACUGACAUGUUGUGCUUUUGUCAAAAUAGUAGUUUGAUUGAUUUUGCCUCAACAAUAGAGGAGAAGUUUGUCACCUGACAGAGAGGGGCUUUGAGUGAUUUCCCAUAAAUCACAGCCCUUAGUUUGUUCUCUUAAAGUGGAAGUGUUGCAGUAUUUUUUCACAGUUGUGGUUUAUGAUUUUGGUUUGUUCGCUGAGACACCAAUUCAAAAGCAUUUGCCUCAGCAGAGAAAAAUAAAUGUUUAAACUACACCCAAUACUGCCGUCUUUGAUUGAAACACUAUGUUAGCUAUUGAGACUUAAACCCCUGAGGUGCGAGCAGGUCUCAUGACCAAGCUGAAUUUAUCCUUAACAACAGUUUCCAUUUACCCCCUUCUGCUCUUUCUAUCAUGUUAAUUACAUAGCUAAAACAGUCUCUUCACUGUUGACCCUCAUGUGACAGUCAUCAAUGAAAUCCAGCAGCAUGUGAAGCACUCAGUCACGGUCAGAGGUGUUAUUGUCUUUUAAAGAGGUGGAAGAGUAAACAGAUUAAAUCAGCGGUGGUGGGAGAUUAACAGAGGUUAUCAGUUUGUCGAUCAAUGUUUAAAUGAUCUGUGUUGUUUCCUUUUUAUUUGCAGCUCAGUGAUCAGCCUUCGCUAGAGGAGGCCAUCAGAAUAGCAUCAAGAAUACAACAAGGAGAGUCACCAGGCCUGGAUGAUUGAUGGACUCAUUAUGGACUAACAUGUAGGAUCAAAUCCAUCUCAAGUGGACUUUAUCAACGAAAGAAAUCACAAGUCUUCCUCCCUGUUUUCUUUUUUUUUCCACAAAAGACAAAACUUAGCUUUUACGUGUAAAUAGGAUUUUGAUAACUGGAGUUCUGCUAUGCUAUUUUAUCCCUCGACCAUAAAGAUGGAAGAGGGAGGAAAUGCUUUCUAAUGUUUAUGGUGCACAGUGCACAGUGCAGUGUACAGCUAAUGCUAUUUCUAAUAAAAGAGAAACUGUGUGAUUAAUGGGA